GCCUAGUGAUGUUCAACACCGAUCUAUGUGCGUGGCAUAUAGUGCUAGGGAUAGCAGUCGGAUACGUUCUGCUUAAAUGUGUAUGGGCAUGUGUACGGUUGUGGAAAUUACGACAGCUAUUUCAUCGCUGUCCAGGGGAGGGAGACUACAGCUACAUAUAUGGCAAUCUUCACAAGUAUCCGGGUCCAAACGAAGAAGGAAUUGCCUACAACCUGGACCUCGUCAAAAGGUUCCCCCCUGUUUGUGCGGGUGUGGACAGGCUCCCUCCUGCCCUUCAUCGUUGUCCAUCAUCCGGACACGGUCAAACGUAUCCUCAGGUCUUCAGAACCGAAGCCUCACAGCCGCUACAUCUCGAUGCCGAUGGAGAUGGGGAUGCCGUGGCUAGGAAUGGGGCUGCUGUUUUCUAACGGGAUAAGAUGGGAGCGGACUCGGCGCCUGCUGACACCCGCGUUUCAUUUCCUCGUCUUACGUCAGUAUAUGAAAGUCUACAAUGAAGCGGCCGAUGUGUUGUUGGCAACUUACUCAUUUCAGGAUAGGCUGAACAGGUUAAGCCGGAUGGGUGAACCCUUUGAGUGUUUCAGCACAGUUGGGCUCUACUCCCUCGACGUCCUUCUGCGGUGUGCCUUCUCACAUCGGACCAACUGUCAAACAGAGGAAAGGCACCCGUAUGUACAAGCCGUGAAGGAGAUGAUCCGACUGUGGGGUGAUCGUGCCUUCAACCCCCUGCUGUACCUCGACAUCGUCUACUACAGGACCAGCAACGGGAAACAGUUCCUAAGACACUGCAGAUAUGUGCACCGAGUAGCCGAGGAUAUUGUACAGAAAAGGGCAGCAGUUGUGGGUGUACAAACAAAACGGAAACACGACUUCAUGGACAUCUUGCUGAUGGCGAGGGAUCAACACGGAAACGGACUCACAUUUCGGGAGAUACGGAAUGAAGUAGACACGUUCUUGUUUGCAGGUCACGACACCACCACCAGCGGGAUUAGUUGGCUUCUGUACCAUCUGGCCAAGUACCCGGAUCACCAGUCACGUGUUCAACAGGAGAUCGAUACAGUCCUGACUGGACAAUCCCUGGAUUAUAUUGAGUGGGAGCACCUGCCCCAGCUGGUCCACCUGACACUGUGUGUGAAGGAAUCGCUCCGCCUGUGUCCCCCAGUACCGCUCAUACAGAGACAGCUCACCAAGGCCAUGGACAUCCAGGGUACCCAGUUCCCUGUGGGCACAAUAAUGACUGUUAACAUUCACAGCCUUGGUCUGAACCCCCAUGUCUGGCCCGACCCCCAGGAAUACCAACCUGAACGGUUCCUACCGGAGAACACCAGAACCAUGGACCCUUUUGCCUUUGUCCCUUUCUCCGCUGGUCCAAGAAACUGUAUUGGGCAGAACUUUGCCCUGAACGUGAUGAAGGUCAUCGUGUCAAGGAUACUACACAGGUACACAUUAACUUUGGACCCUUCACACACAGUGAGGAGAUGGACCCAUAUCACCAUGACAACAGAGACAGGAAUAAAGAUAUUUGCCACACCACGAUCAACAACCCAUGUUACAUAAUUACAUAUACAAACCUUCCAUUACAUAUCAAGUCUAUGUCUCGACUGGAAUAGUUUCUACCUGUCCCAAGCUUGAAGUGGUGUGUACCUUAGUUAUUGCUAGCAAUGAUGACUAACGAAAUAAUAAAUUAAGCAUUAGACAGGUACCCCCAUACUGCCAAAGUGUAUGAGCGCAAAAUACGAAGUUUUACCUGAUUUUAUCAUUGUUAUUCAGCCAAUGACCAUGUUUGACAGUCAUAGAUAUUCAGGAUAAUAAAGAGUGAGAUAUAGCCUAGCAGUACAUCAGUUGGUACCUCAACUUCAACAGCAUUGAUACCCCAUUUUACAGACUUUAGACUCGUGAAGAUCCGGGUAAGAAUUGGUCUUCAGUAACUCAUGCUUGUCGUAAGAGA